AGUUGAUUCAGACACGAGCCACUCAAGGGUCUCCUGCGUCCUGCGUGGCCCGUAUCGCUAGAAAAACAUGUUAGGUGGCUGCUGAUAGCAUGUGAGAUUAUGGUUAGCAGUAGGAGGGGUUAUGCUCAGGUCAAAGUAGAACCACUGUGUCGGUUUUUAUCUUUUUUUACUUUUCGAAGAUGGCGGGGGUGCUUUCUCAGUUGAAUAUGUUUAAGCUCGGUUGCAGAUGCGUGAAAUUGAGCAGGAAAACGACGACUCCUGCGCAGACGAUGCGCCGCUACAGCACAUACCGUGGCUUGUUCGGGCUUCUCUUCGACAUCGAUGGAGUGUUGGUACGUGGCCGGACCCCCAUCCCUGCUGCGAAGCAGUGUUUCAGGAAUCUGGUGGAUGGAAACGGAAACUUCAAGGUGCCCGUGGUGUUUGUGACGAACGCGGGGAACUCCAUGAGACAGUCCAAAGCACAGGAGCUUUCUCACCUUCUGGAGGUGGAGGUGUCACCGGAGCAGGUGAUGCUGUCGCACAGUCCCCUGCGGGCUUUCACUCAGUUUCACGACAUGUGCGUCCUGGUGUCCGGACAGGGACCCGUUGUGGACGUCGCACACAAUGUAGGUUUUAAGAACGUCGUGACCAUUGACAUGCUACGGGAGGCGUAUCCUCUCCUGGACAUGGUGGAUCACAAUCGCAGACCCAAAGAGAUGAUCCCUCCGUCCAAGGAUUUACCACCAAUUGAAGCCGUCGUGCUGUUCGGUGAGCCUAUCAGAUGGGAGACCAACUUACAACUGAUUACCGAUGUGCUCUUGUCCAAUGGGAGGCCAGGAAACCCUGUGACAUCACUGCAUUACCCGCACAUACCUGUACUGGCCUGCAACAUGGAUCUGCUGUGGAUGGCCGAGGCGAAGAACCCGAGAUUCGGUCACGGCAUGUUUCUCGUCUGUCUGGAGAACAUCUAUAAGAAGAUAACCGGCUGUGAGCUGAAAUACGAAGCUCUUAUUGGGAAACCCAGUGUUGUGACUUAUAACUACGCCGAGCUUCUCAUCAGACAACAGGCGGAGAAUCUGGGCUGGACCCAACCUGUAGAAAGACUUUAUGCCAUUGGUGACAACCCGAUGUCAGACAUAUACGGGGGAAACCUCUAUGACCGCUACCUCAAAGCCAUAAAUCACACCCGCGCCCAAGCACAAGCACACGCCGGAGACAUCCCGUAUGAAGUGUUCGACGAUGCCAAGCGUUCUGGAGAGGUGUUGGUCGGAGGAUCGUUCGAGCAUCGUUUGCCCGAGGGCUGCAGCUCCAUCCUGGUCUGCACGGGUGUUUACAACCACGAUCAGCAGGACUUAUCCUCAGACCCCGAGCAGAUGGUCACGGAACAGCAGAUUUUCCACGGUCACCGGGACUUCCACUUUGACCCCAGCCUCACGCAACCGUCCUUCCUGGUCCAGGACGUUCGGGAAGGUGUGGAGCGGGUUUUUGAGUUAGAAGGUUGGCCUCUGGAAUAGGUCCCCUGUGAGGUGACGUGUCAAAACGAAAUAUAAUUGAUGUGCCUGUAAACAUGAGAAGCGUCAGAGUUUGCUGUUCGCUUUCCCAUUUAUCUGAAAUGAAACGGUUUUCCUUACAAAAUGAAUUUUUGUAUAACUUUUGAUCUUGACAUCAAAUCUGUAAUUUAGUCUUUCAAUUCAAAUUGAGUUUUUAAUCGUAUGUAUUUAUGUUUAUAGCAAUGCUAACAAUUCAAUAAUUUUUAUGCAAAAUUGCCAUCUAAUUCUCAAAUUAAAUUUUAGAAAUAUUUUCUGAUUGUUUAUUUCAAAUUAAAAUUCAAAACAAAAAGUUUGGGUCGGUGGUUAGUAAACCUGCUUAUGACAUACAGCUUUGACUCUUCUAGUGUUGACAAUCUCAGAUGCGAGAUGCGAUAUUAGACUCCGUCCCAAAUGAUGCCUUCAGAUGCCGCAGACUGAUUCACAUGUGACAUUUGUUCAGGGCUGAAUCUUGGGUUAAAUUAACCUAGAAAUAAUGAACCUGUCUUCGGUUUGUCCCAUGAUUAAUCGUGAUUAAUCGCAUCCAGAAUAAAAGUUUGUGUUUACAUAAUAAUAAUAAUAUAUGUGCACUGUACAUAUACAUUUUGUAUUUAUAAGUACAUAAACAAACAUGUAUAUAUUUAGGAAAUACUUGGAUUUAUACAUUUAUAUUUAUAUGUUCUUUCAAUAUAUAAACAGUUAAUAAUAAUAAUAAUAUAUAUAUUUUUUUAAAUAUAUACAUGUAUGUGUUUAUAAAUACGAAAUGAAUAUGCACAGUACACAGACAUAUAGUGUAUUAUAACGUAAACACAAACAUUUAUUCUGGAUGCGAUUAAUUGCAAUUAAUCGUUUAACAACCCUUCAAUAUUUGACCCAAUCAUGGGUCGAAACAACCCAGCUCUCUUUUUUACUUGAUGUUUGUGUAAACGGUUCGUGAAACUAUUUGUUUGUGAAUUGUCACGUUGAAUCAACAACAAACUAUUUUCCUCCUUGCACUGUAGGGAUUAGAGUUAUGGGUUAGAAAAAACAGGGCAUUAAAGAAACUUCAUGUGACUUUCAGCAAGUCGUAAUAAUUCAUGAGCAUAAACUCUGAAAGCAAUGAAAAACAGUCAUCCGUGAAGCCAUAUGAGUUAAUGAAGAAACAACCCAAUGCCAUUGCAAGAAAGAGUGUGUUACAGUAGUUCUUCUAAAUCUCUGCUAACGAGUCUUGAAUCAUCUAAAUGUGAUCACUAGGUUUAUAUGACGCAUUGUACCAUUUGCACAGAUCAAUAUUUGUGAUUGAUUGUCAGGGUCAGGCUGAGUUACACUGUACAUUGUCCAACUGUGAAUUUUCUGUCUCACCCUCAUGUGAGCGCUGUAUCCCUCCAUCUGUUUUGACAACAGUUUGUGUGUGUUAAGGUUCAUAACCUGUCUGAUGUAUUUGUUUGUUAUUGUUUAAUAUCUAUUUGAACACUUUUUUAACAGGAAUAGUUCACCUUCAAAAUGAAAAUUCAGUCAUUAUUUACACACCACCUUGGUGUAUGACUUCUGCAGAACACAAAAGAGAAUAUUUUGAAAAAUGUUGGUCCCCCUUGACUUGCAUUGGAUUUGUGUCCGUACAAUAGAAUGGGGAGCAACUGUGUUUGGUUACCAACAUUUUUCUAAAUAUCUUCUUUUGUGUUUUGCAGAAGAAAGUCACACAGGGGGAGUAAAUGAUGACAGAAUUUUCAUUUUGGAGAUGAACUAUCAGUACAAUCAGCCUGAAUUCAUGGGAAUUUGUAUCAGCUAUUAGAAAAUAGCAAUACUGAAGUUCCAUUCCUCACCCCAAAGUUGGGCAAAAGCAGAACGUAUGUUUCAUGUGAAUUAGCCACCUUGUAUAAGUUACGAAGUGAUUUCGUUUGUAUAAUAGAAAUAUUCCUCAAUACACACCUAACACUAUAAAUUUACAGUUUUGUGUUUUAAAAAACAAAGAAAAGAUUUAUUGAAUUUACUGUUUUUACCAAGUCUACAUUGUGUACGACCUAUUGCAGAAUACAUGUCCCAAAACUGUAAUGUUGUUCUUGUAUACACGUAUACAUUAUUGUUUACAGAGUUAUUUCAUUAAACACAAUUAAGUUGUCA